UUGGGCUCCGUGGGUUGCCGUUAGCGGAAGUGACGUCGAGUGACGUCUAUUUUGGCGUUCCCCCCUGAACCCUCCUUUUUUUCUGUGUCUGCUCCUAGUAACGGGGGACGCGGCGGCCCUGAGGCCUCAAACACGAGGAAUGGAUUCCCAGGAGCUCCAAGAGCUGCAGCAGGAGGUGCUGGAGGAACUGGGCAUCUCCAUGGAGGAGCUGCAGGUCAUCAUCGAUGAGGAGCUGGAGAAGUUCGAGUGUGUGAAGCAGAGGAAGCAGCAGCUGGAAGAGCUGGAGAAGUGUGUGAAGCAGAAGGAGGAGGAGGUGGCUCAUGUCGACCGGCUCUUCGAUGAUGCCUCGAGAGCUAUCGAUAAAUGUGAGACUUUGGUCAAAGAUCUGUACUCCAAGCUGGGCCUGCAGUAUCGCGAGAGCAGCUCCGAGGACGAGGGCUCAGGUGCCAAGGCCACUGAAGUGAUCGAGAUCCCAGACGAGGAUGAGGAUGAUGUCAUGAGCAUCGAUUCGGGCUGGAAGUGCAGUGAUAAUACUCCCAGAAUUGCCAAGGAUCAGACUCUGCUGCGGGAAGCCAUGGCUGCAAUGAGAAAGUCUGCCCAGGAUGUUCAGAAAUUUAUGGAUGCUGUGAACAAGAAAACAAAUGCCCAGGAUACCCAGAAAGAUGGACAGACUCCUCAGCAGACUCCUGGUGCUGUCCAGCCUGCGGGCUCCACUGCCGCAGGGAGUGACCUCAGCAACGACGGUGACCUGAAGGUUGGCAUGAGGAUUCUGGGCAAGAAGAGGACGAAGACGUGGCACAAAGGGACCCUGAUCGCGAUCCAGACAGUCGGUGCGGGCAAGAAAUACAAAGUGAAAUUUGACAAUAAAGGGAAGAGUUUGCUCUCUGGCAAUCACAUUGCUUACGACUAUCACCCAUCACCAGAGAAACACUAUGUUGGGAGCAGAGUUGUGGCAAAGUACAAAGAUGGGAACCAGGUCUGGCUGUACGCUGGCAUUGUGGCUGAAACCCCCAAUGUAAAGAAUAAAGACAGGUUCCUGAUCUUCUUUGACGAUGGCUACGCUUCAUACGUCAAGGAGUGGGAGCUGUACCCGAUCUGCAGGCCACUUAAAAAGACUUGGGAAGAUAUAGAGGACGUGUCCUGUCGUGAUUUCAUUGAGGAGUACAUCACAGCCUACCCCAACCGUCCCAUGGUGCUGCUCAAGAAUGGCCAGCUGAUCAAAACAGAGUGGGAAGGGACUUGGUGGAAAUCCAGAGUGGAAGAAGUCGAUGGCAGCUUGGUCAAAAUUCUCUUCCUGGAUGACAAACGCUGCGAGUGGAUUUACCGGGGUUCCACGCGCCUCGAGCCCAUGUUCAGCAUGAAAACCUCCACAGCCUCCACCCAAGAAAAGAAGCAAAGUGGACAAGCAAGGACUCGUCCUAAUGUCGGUGCUGUCAGGAGCAAAGGGCCUGUAGUCCAAUAUACGCAAGAUUUAACAGGAGCUGGUGCCCAGUACAAACCUCUAGAGCAAAUGCAGGCAACUUCGCUGGCUGCACGGCCUUUUUCUCCACAGCCUGCUGAGACAGAAGGCUCCGACAGCCAGCUGGCCCAGGCCAGGAAGCAAGUGGCCAAGAAGAGCACGUCUUUCCGGCCGGGCUCCACGGGAUCGGGACAGUCCUCGCCCGCGUCGCCCGUCCUCAGCGACGUGCCACCUGCGGGAAGGGGCAGCGCGACUCAGCAGCACCGGCUUCCGAGCAGUGUGGUGGGUGCUAGCGCGGCACAGCCCUUCCACGGCAUGAUGGAACGCGUCCCCAGCGAGCCCUCGUACCGAGCCCCUCUCGAGAAGCUCUUCUACCUGCCGCACGUCUGCAGCUACACCUGCCUGUCCCGCGUGCGCCCCAUGCGCAGCGACCAGUACCGCAGCAAGAACCCCCUGCUCAUCCCGCUGCUCUACGACUUCCGCCGCAUGACGGCCCGCCGGCGCGUCAACCGCAAGAUGGGCUUCCACGUCAUCUACAAGACUCCAUGCGGGCUCUGCCUCCGCACCAUGCAGGAGAUCGAGCGGUACCUUUUUGAGACGGACUGUGACUUCCUCUUCCUGGAGAUGUUCUGCCUGGACCCCUAUGUGCUGGUGGAUCGCAAGUUCCAGCCCUACAAACCCUACUACUACAUUGCAGACAUUACCAAGGGCAGGGAGGACGUGCCCCUGUCCUGCGUCAACGAGAUCGAUAACACGCCACCUCCACAGGUGGCCUACAGCAAAGAGCGCAUCCCGGGCAAGGGGGUUUACAUCAACACCAGCUGGGAGUUCCUCGUGGGCUGCGACUGCAAAGACGGCUGCAGAGACAAAUCGAAAUGUGCUUGUCACCAGCUAACAGUCCAGGCGACUGGCUGCACCCCUGGCGGGCAGAUCAACCCUAAUUCGGGCUACCAGUACAAAAGGCUGGAGGAAUGUCUCCCAACAGGCGUGUACGAGUGUAACAAGAGGUGCAAGUGCAAUGUUAACAUGUGCACCAAUCGCUUGGUCCAACACGGCCUCCAGGUCCGGCUGCAGUUGUUCAAGACGCAGAACAAAGGCUGGGGCAUUCGCUGCCUCGAUGAUAUUGCCAAGGGCUCUUUUGUCUGCAUCUACGCAGGGAAAAUCCUCACCGAUGACUUCGCUGACAAAGAGGGCUUGGAGAUGGGUGAUGAGUACUUUGCAAACCUGGACCACAUCGAGAGCGUGGAGAACUUCAAGGAAGGCUAUGAGAGCGAUGCCAAGUGCUCCUCCGACAGCAGUGGAGUGGAUCUCAAGGAUGAAGAGGAGGAGAACACGGGCACCGAGGAGCAGGAGGAGUCCAACGAGGACAGCUCUGAUGACAACUUCUGUAAAGAUGAGGACUUCAGCACGAGCCCGGUGUGGCGCAGCUACGCCACGCGACGGCAGACCCGGGGUCAGAAGGAGAACGGGCUGUCGGAGACGGCGUCCAAGGACUCUGGGCUCACCCGGCAGAUCAGCCACGACGAGGCCACGGUGGCCGCCUCCUGCAAGCUGCCCGUGUCUGAGGAAACCUCCAAGAACAAAGUGGCCUCAUGGCUGAGCUCCAACAGCGUGGCCGACGGCUUCCAGGACACCGACAGCGCCUCCUCCUUCAAGCUGAGCGAGGGGGGCGAAGCCAAGGCCUGCAAGACAGAACUGCCUGGCGAGAGGGAGAAAGCCUCCACUUCUGGCCUGGGAGAUGUGGAUGGAGAGGCAAAAGUGUCCAAGAAAGAAGAAGCUGAGGAUCCAAGCAAACUUCCCGGGCUCAGUGACCUGGGCAGGCUGUACGGCUACAACCCGAGCCCCCCUAAGCUGGAAGGCGUCCGGAGGCCACCAAGCAGGACAGCGCUGCUGCAGAGCCGGCGGCACGCGGGGUCCCUGCAGCCCUCCGCCGACGUAAGGGCUGUGGCGGUGCUGCGUGGGCCACCCCACGGCAGCUCAGGAAGCGGGGGGACCCUGAGUGGCGCUCGCGGGGCGCUGGAAGGAGCCACCUUUCCACAGGAUGUGCUGACCCUGUCGAGCAGCACGGACAGCGAGGGCGAGAACGGGCAGGCGGCGGCUGGGCAGGCCCCGGGCACCACCAACGACAGCGACGACAUCCAGACCAUCUCAUCCGGCUCUGAGGAGGAGGAAGGGGAUGACAAGAAAAACCCCUUGUCUGGCUCAGGUCUCGUGAAGAGGCAGGUGGCAGUGAAAUCCACACGGGGCUUCGCCCUCAAGUCGACUCAUGGCAUCGCCAUCAAGUCGACCAACAUGGCAGCGGCAGACAAGGGCGAGAGCGCGCCGGUGCGCAGGACCACGCGCCAGUUCUACGACGGUGAGGAGUCCUGCUACAUCAUCGACGCCAAGCUCGAGGGCAACCUGGGCCGCUACCUGAAUCAUAGCUGCAGUCCCAACCUCUUUGUGCAGAACGUCUUUGUGGACACGCACGACCUCCGCUUCCCUUGGGUCGCCUUCUUCGCCAGCAAGAGAAUCCGGGCUGGCACGGAGCUGACGUGGGAUUACAACUAUGAAGUGGGCAGUGUGGAAGGCAAAGAGCUGCUGUGCUGCUGUGGGGCCAUCGAGUGCCGAGGGCGGCUGCUGUGAGCCCAGCUGCUCUUCCCAGCAGUCCUGGUUGGGACCCUGUGGCCCAGGAACGGGACAGCUCCUAGGAAUAGUCACAAAGCUGAGCUGGUGGCUUGAAGUUCUCCUGUUCACUUGAAAACGAUGGCAGCAGAUCGACAAGGACCAGAGACUUGGCUCUGGCAGAACACCCGUGCUGGGACAGCCACAAGGGCCACAGUGAGUGGCCUGUUUUGCUUUUCCUGGGACUACAGUGGCUCUGUCCCUUGGCAGGAAGGACUGCAGCUCCCGAGCUGACUCACGGGCCACUCUUCCUGCUCUUGAGUUCUCUUCUAACUGUAAGACACAAGCCCUGGACAGCAUGGGCGGGCAUGGCUCUGCUGCUGAGGGUACUGCUGGAGACAACCCUUCAGGCUCCCAGGGCCCCCUUUUGCCAUUGGAACAGGGCUAAUGCUCUCCCCCU